AAGAUUGCUGUUUAGUUAGUUUAAAAAUAUGAAAAUACCAGACACUACCGCUAACGUCGGCGCUUAUUACGGCAACGAGGAGAAUGGACACUGGCAGCCAAACGGCGUGAUAAUCGAUAGCGGUGUCGGUGGCGGCGUGGUUGGCAGUGGUGACGCGGGUAUACACCGCCCACCCGUCUAUCCUGUUCACAUACCCCGCGCACACAUGCCUGGUUACGUGAUGGCCGGGGCAUACUACCCUCCGGCUGCAUAUCCCCCAGUACCAGCUCAGCCACAACCAGACGAUUUCGCGGACUACAUGUGGAUGGAAAACGAAGAGGAGUUUGAUAAACAGGUGAUGCAGCAGUUGGAAGAGGAAGCUCUUAUGGAGCAGUGUAUUGAAGCUAUGCUGGAGGAUGAACAGAGAGAAAGACACAAUAGACCCACUGCCAACGGGCACAACAACCAACAUUACCCAACAACAAGUAACGGUGCGCCAUCCCUUUCCUUAGAAGAGACAGUAUCGCGGUCGACCCUCAACCCUCUAGCAGCCGAGUUUGUGCCCACAAGACCCCUGCCCACCGCCACAGAUGAAAGACAAGCCCCCUCAGAAGCGUCUCCAGCGCCUGUACAGCCGGAGCCCCCCACAGAAGUAACCCCAGUCCCCACCGAAACUAGUGCCGAUGAUGCAGUACACGAUACAGAAGAAUCACAACAGCCGCAGAAGGAAACGCCAGAGGUCAGCGCAGCGGAAUCAAUAGACAAGACACAAGAGAAACGGCCCAAAGACAAGAAAGAUUCCAAAUCAAAAGUAGAAGUUAAGAAGACUGUCAAACCAGAAGUUAAGAGCAAGGUGCAAAGCAAACCGCAGGCGGCUAAAUCGGAGACGAAAGUCGCCCCCAAAAAGAAGGAAGUGAAAACUGUUAAGAGCGAAAUUAAAGUUGAAGAGAAGAGCGAAGACAUCAGUGAUGUCAAGCAACCCCAACCAGCCCCAGUAGAAGAAGCACAAGCGACAUCUGGCUUUAAACCAAUAAACUACGCGGCCGCGGCGAAAGCGAACAAACCUAAAAAACCACCGACAACCACUACAGCAACCACACCUACAGAAAAACCACUACCCAAGGUUGACAAACCAAAAGCAACCGAAAAAGUCGAGAAAAAGGACAAACCGAAAACAGAAAAAGUAAAUGUUCAAAGGAAAAACUCGGCGAAGUAAGAAAAAAAGGUGAGCUUUUUGACUAAAAAAUGAAAAAGAACCUUUUUCGGUAAAAAAAAUAUAUUGCCUGUGUACAAAUUUUUAUCUGGC